CACAAAACAGAGUUUAGGGACAGGUGAGGGCUGCCGCCGCGUUGGAGCAACACCCGGUUCCCGGGGAGCUCUGAGAGACACGACUAGCGAGGGAGACAGGAGAAGCCUGUGCCUGCUGCUGGGGUAGGAAACACAGACGGUGCAGACGAGGAACUCCAGGAACGAAAACGCCUUUCACAAAAGGAACUAGCGGAACUUUUGCUUUCUCCAUUCUCUCGCCUUUUUUCUGCGGCAACUCCUCGACAGCAAUGGUCACCGAUUCCCGGGGGUGCGCUCCGGUGUCGUCACACAGCAGCCAGAUCGAGAGUUGAUCUUUGAUUUGUGGUGUGCGUCUUUGGCUCUUCUGUCCAUUGAAAGACAGAUUUAACUUUGUCGAAAAUCUCCCCUGGAUGUUACCUCCCUUUUACCGUCCUCCCCGUUCGCCCUCCGAUCUCGCUGCCGUUGACCUCCGCGCACACAACACCGUCCCUCCCCACCGCGGGCCAGGGCUGCAGACCCAUCGCAGGCAGACUUUUUUUCACUUUUUCAUUUUCCUCAGCGUUCUGUCUCGCCUUUGUCGCUUCCGCUGAGUUAGCUGCCCACGAAAGACGGUCUGGAGUUUCGACGCCGCUUCCCUGUGCUCGCUCCUCUGCGGGAUGCUCUGAAACGGCCGUUGACGCCCGACGGCAAGAGCUGACUCUGAUUUCGACCGAAAAAGCGCAGUCCAGGACAAGCUGGCCUGGGUCGCAAUCAGCUGGCUGUCCAACUUCUCCGGGUGAGCUGAAGAAAGCCUCUUCUCUCCCGACAGACGCGGCCUUUUCCUGGGCGUCGUCGCCGAGGGACGCCGGGGCGAGAGCGAGACCGCACGGCGAGGGACUCGAAGACAGGAGGAGCGCGCGGAAAAGUUUCAUCAGAUGCGAGGAGAAAGGCGCCUUUUUCAUGAGGAAGGAGCGAGCGCGUAGGGUGUGAUCAUCAGGGAGGCCUGUUCUGUCCAGUGUUGAGUGGGCGCGGCGGCGGAGACGCCGCGGAAGAGCACCGAAGUUUCCUGUCAGAGUUCAGAGGCACUCUUCUUUUGCUUCUUCAGAAGGGGGUUUGCUUUUUUGGCAGGAGGCGCUUCGAUUUCUUCCGUUUCCUCCUGGACGCAGAGGAGAGGAGGAGGCUCGAAUUUGCGCCGGAAACGAAACGGCUCGUGGAGAAGAACGACGCCAGGACGCGAAGAAGUAACGGUGGAACCGCCUGGUAGAGAAGAAGAGCUCACGAGGAAGCUACACGAGAGAAGAAAGCAGACGCCAGUGGAGAUCAGGAAAGAUGGGGGAGGACGAAGGCGUUGCUGCCGGAGCGGCACCAACCGACGCCUUGCAAGAGAGAAGAGGCGAACAGGUCCAGAUGCGACAGGACGGAAGCGCGUCUCACGCCGUACGCGAGUCCCAGGAGGAGACCAGCAGCGAAAUGGAGAAGGGGACGACAGAGAAAGUGCGAGGGCCUGAGAGACCUGCGACAAGGACCAAGGCGAAAGGCCGGAAGACUGAGGAACGAAUUCGUGAAGCUCAAAGAGACGAGGCGAAGGACACAACGCGAGACGAGGGAGAAGCAGGCACUGGACAAGUGGGCGAAGGGCCGUCUCGCUCUGUCGACUCACCGAACUCAAGAGCCUCUCCACGGCGUUCUCGGCUUCGUUCGAGAGACCCCCCGAAGCCGCCUUCCCCAUCUUCUCUCUCGUCCCCUUCACUGCAUGCGUCUCUCUCUGCCCCAUCGGUAGUAGACGCAGACGCGCUCGAGGCGUCGACGGACCUCGGUUGUCCCCAUGUCGGCGAGAACGAAACACCGAGGGAAGGUGAAGCAGAGCGAGAAGAGGCGAAAGAUGAAACCGGUCGAGUGAGGCGCGGGGAGCCACCCGGGGGUUACUCUCUGAGAGCGCGACGGAGUCGAGCGCGCGAGUUGUGGGAGAAGCGAGAAGAGGGAGGAGACAUGUCGAGGAGGGCAGACCCUGCAGCGCGCACAGAACGCCUUCACGAAGAGGAGCAACGCGAAACCGAGACAGACGCCGCGAACGGAGAAGACCGGGGCGGCCCAUCCCGCAAGCGGCGAGUCGGGGAGAGAGAGAGGAGGCCAGCGACUCCUGCGCGAACAGCUGCAGGCCUGGCGGCGACAGAGCGAAGGAGGGAGGAAGUCCGAGGCAGCAGUCGCCGCUGCUGCUCACGAGGCAGAGGAUCGGGUGGGGUCGCCUUAAGCCAGGGUGGAGCGUGGACGUACGCGAAGACCGAGGGAACAGAGUCAGGCAGCCGAGGCGCCGGGCGACAGACUCCCAGGGGAGCGGCAGCAGGAGAGAAGAAGAGAAGACAAGACACGGAAGAAAAGGAGGAGAGAAAGCAGGACAAGGAGAGCGAGGCAAGAGUCGAAAGCCGGACACCGCGGUAUUUUCCGGCUUCUCCAGCAACAAAGGCGAGGUCGAAGAACGCUGGAGUGACGCUGCGUGUUUCUGCAGAGAAGAGGAAAUCAACUCGAGCGGAAAGAGACGCCUCCAGUUCAGGAAAGCGCGAAGACCGGCCUCCCUCUGCCUUGGGCUCUGGAACGCCUGUGCGUCCUUCUCCGGCUGCUGGCUUUCAAGGGAAACCCCCACUGCAUGCGCAGAGGCAGAUGCACACAGGAAACGCUCCCUGCAACUCGACGAGCCUCUCCACGCCUUCCUCGCCGGCCUCUGUGGACACCAUUGGCGGUUUUCCGCGAGACGCGUUCGAACGCUUCGACCAACCUUUCCUCCAAGUCACACUGACUGAAGUCUCCAGUCGAAACCGGUGGAAAGCAACUGCGUCCUACGAAGACAAAGUCGAGUCGCUGCUGAAGGAAGGCGUUGCGCGUUCGACUUGCUUCAGGCGCGAGGCGCCUUCCUCGCUUACCAUCUGCAAGCAGUACGAUUGGAAGAACCACCAGGCCAUGUUCGAGGACGAAGACAGAACGACGUACUACCGAAAAGCCAUUUUCUGGCGGGGCUGGGAGCAGCACGAGAGACGGAGAGAAGCGCAGAGCCGCGGACUGCGUGCGACGUCUUUGCUCGAGGAUAACUUUCCAGGCAACGUCGAACAACGUGAUCCAGGAGGUGAAGCAGGACGGGAGGACGAGAGCGAGAACAAGGACGCGAAUGCGGCGAGCAUGCCUCGUUUGCACGCAUCGGGACCGAGAGAGGAGACACAGGAGGCAGAGAGAGGCAAGAAGUGUGGAGGCGAGAAGAAAGUUGGUGGAGAAGACGUCCAAGAGAUGACGAACGACGGCGUGCGGCGGAGAGUGGCGACCUCAGAACUGGCACAGCUAGAGGGUACCAGCAAUUGUCGUCUGUUCCGCGAAGAGAGAAGACUGGGCGACGCGCGAGGACUCUCUGGGGUCGAGACGCAGGACGAAGAUGAAGAAAGUGGAGAGGAAGAACUCGACGACGGAGUUGUCGAUGUAAAGUCUUUCAGACCGUGCAGCGGCUCUCUCGAAGAUGACGAAGAAGGGGAGAGGGGCGUCAAAAAGAAAAGAACAUACGUCCAGGGGAAACGCGUCCUCGAAAUCGGAACGGGGCCUAUCGCCCUGCUCGCUGUCCUCGCUGUCAAGGCCGGUGCCGAGUACGUCGAUGCGCUUGAGGUCAGCAAAACGUCGGCCUCUCUCGCGACAUCUUUCGUGAGACAAUUCGGCUUAAAUUCAAGUGCGAGCCGGUACCGAGCCCCAUCUCGCAUGUCUCUGAAGGCCCAGAACUCGGACAAGACCAAUCUGGAGUCCUCUCUCGAUUCCGCUCCUCUCUCCACCGCGUCCUGUCGUACCCCGUUGCCUCACUCGACAACGCCUGCGCUUUCUGCGCGAGUUUCGUCUCUGUCUGUUCUUCCGACAUCUUGGUCAUCUGUCUGCGCUGUUCCGCGGGACUCACAACUUCCUUCUUCUCUCGAGGACUCUUCUUCCACGCUUUCUUCGGAGUCUCUCCACGCGUCUUCUCUCUCUUCUGCCUCCCUGCCUUCUGCCCUUCUUCGAGACUCUUCUUCGUCACCUUCGCCUGCCGCCUCGGCAGCGGGUCCCUCGGCUUCGAGAGCAACCGACUGCAUGUGUGUUGACGAUACGCCUCGCCUAUGUUCCUCCCACUCAGACGUUUCUUCUUUCGCGACUCUUGCAUCUUCUCACUCGGUGCCUGACUGUCUUCUUGUGCCUUCUGCCGAUGCGAUCUCUUCCUCCUCCCUCCCUUCUCUGACUCAUCCGCCGCUCCUCCCGUCUCCGUCGUCCUCGCUUCCUCAAGCUCGGUGCGGGGGACCUGCUGGCUGUGCGUCUCUCCCCACAUCGGCUCCUGCGUCCUCAUCUCCUAAUUCUGCGCAGCGUCUUGCCUACUCAGAUGGGCCGCUUCUCCCAGGGAGCUCUUCAUCUCACCCUUCUUUUUCUUCCUCUACUUCUUCGGCUUCUUCCUGUCUGUCUUUGUCUUCGUUUCCGUCUCAAAAAGCUUCUCAGACGCGAGCGCGGAAGGCUCCGCCGUCUGCGUUUCUGGCGUCGCCGGCGCGGCCUGGCCCUUUGGUGAUUCACAGCACAUACAGCAAGUUGUUUCCUCUCCCGCCUCCUCACCUCGCUCCGAAACUCUGCAGAGAUGUCUUCCCCGCCUGUUCGCUCUCUCCUUCGACCUCGACCCUGGCGCGCGCUUCUCCGGCUACGCCAGCUGCUCUUUCUACGCCAUCUUCGCCGUCCACGUCGCUCUCGCCACACGCUCCGGCUUCUUUCCCUUGCUACUACGACAUGGUCAUCCACGAAAUUCUUGGAGACUUUGCUUCUCAAGAAGGCGCUGCGGACGUCUACCUCGACAUUCAACGCAGACUUGGCUACUGUCCGAAGUCGAUUCCGACGGCGGCCACCACGUGCGUCGCGCCCUGCGCCUUCCCCACUCGCGAAAACAUCCCGUACAAGGCCACAGAUCAUCCAGAACGCACAAUCUUCUCGCCUAGGAGGCGACUCUUUCAAAGUGUCAGUCUUCAGUUCUCGUCUCUCCUCCUUUGCGACAGCCUCCUGCCCAUGGAGGAACUGCGAUUCGAAGAGCCCAUGGAGCGCCAGAUGCUUCAACGACGACGGUUGGAGUUCACGGUCACACGGAGAGGCCUGUUUGCAGGUUUCCUCGCCGCCAUUGACGUCGAAAUUCGUCCGGGGAGACACUUUGGAACUGUGUUCGAGCAGCAGUGCGACAGCUGGUACACAAACGUCGUGCUGCUGGGGAAGGAAAUCGAAGUCCGACCGCGAGACCGAAUCACUCUCUUCACCAUCGCAGACUUGAAAAACUACCAAGUGGAGACUGUUCCCCAGAGUGUGGGGAAGAAAAAGCAAGCAGUGCAGAUGGAAGUAUCUCGACCAACUUACACUUUUCAAGGUUAUGUCGAGAGACCCCGUCAAGGCGUCGUUGCCGAGUUCGGUCCUAUUCACAUCGACUACGACGAGCAGGCGUCUUGUAUUCGGAUAGAAUAACGGAAAUCACAGAGCUCCAACUACUCGGAAAGGGUAUUUUCUUGUUCGUUUGUGUCACUGUCUUUCACUUUAGUGCUCUCUUCGAGAAAUGAAGCACGAACAACCAGUACACCUUGUAGCGGCGUCGCCAGUCUUUUUUACGGAACCUCAAUUGACUCUUUCGGAAGUGCCUCCAUGUUCAGGGGAUAUAUGGUCACCUGAUGACACACAGGUAUCUGGCACUCUACAUAUUUGGAGUGGACGCAUGAGUGAAUGUGUGUUUCUGUGGUAAUACUCGUUUAUGUGAAUGUCGUGAAUGUCAUGGCGGGGAGGGGGUCUAUAUAUAUAUAUAUAUAUAUAUAUAUAUAAGCAUUCACACCUUCGUUAAUACCCAAGUUAAAUAGGGGUGUGAAGCGUCUUCUUCGAAUUUGCUUGUCUCUCACGCUCCCUCCAGAUGCGUUUGCUGAGAGGCUUUUCACACACAGGCGAGCUCCUUGGCAGUAACUGCAGCAAAGGGCAAUUCGUUUUCUUAUUCCCUCACCCGGUAGACCACACGUACUCAAGAAGCGAAUCCUCCCAUGCACAGGCGGGCAUGCAGGUGCUUUCAUGCGCUCACUCAUCCUUGUUGCAUAUUUUUGUAUAUUUCCUGUCUCACAUGCACCAAGUGCAUAGAAGUUCCCUACCAGGUGUGGUUCGCCAGGUCUGUUGUGCGUUUCCUUUUUCCGUGAGGAUCUUUCCAGCAGUGCGCCGGGUGUUCUCUUCCACAGCGCAGGCGCAGCGUCUGCCUGUAACUCUUCUGCUGAUGCGUGCAACCGAAAUUGUCCGUGACAUCUUCUGUUCAUCAUUUUUUGGACGGGCCG